AUGGCACCGAGGAAUCAGAUCUCGUAUUGUAUUCUCCUCGCGGCGAUCCUACUCGCCCUACCGUUCACGAACGCCGCCCUGGACCAAGCCGCGCUGCUGAGGCAGCUCAUCAAGUCUCGCGCACAGGGGCUGACGAGACCGACGACCCAUGGGCUGACCCCGUCGCCCAAGGGCAGCAGCAAGGAGGCCGACAGGAUCAAGGCGCUGCCGGGGCAGCCGCCGCGCGUCAACUUCGAGCAGUACGCGGGGUACGUGACGGUGAACGAAGAGCACGGCCGCGCGCUCUUCUACUACUUCGUCGAGUCCCCCUACGAGGCGGUCUCUAAGCCCCUCGUCCUAUGGCUCAACGGAGGGCCUGGAUGCUCGUCGCUGGGAGCCGGCGCGAUGGCGGAGCUCGGCCCGUUCCGUGUCAACCCCGACGGCAAGACCCUGAGCAGGAACAAGCACGCCUGGAACAACGAAAACGAGCGGUUCCCCGAGUACAAGGGCCGGGACUUCUACAUCGCCGGUGAGAGCUACGCCGGCCACUACAUCCCGGAGCUGGCCGCCGUCAUCGUUGCCGUCCGCUUACUCACCGGAAAGAACCCGACAAACCUCAAGGGGAUUUUCGUUGGCAACCCGUUGCUUGAUGAUUACAAGAACGACAAGGGCUCUCUCGAGUUCUUGUGGAACCAUGGGGUGAUGUCCGACAAGAUAUGGACCAACAUUACCGAGCACUGCAGCUUCGUUCCGUCCGAUGGCAUUUUGUGUAAGGAGGCGAAGUCACUGUUCAACUCCUGGAAGAACUUCGUUAAUACCGCCGGCAACAUCAACCCGUACAACAUUUAUGCUCCGAUUUGCAUCCAGACGCCCAACGGGACGAACUACUCCAGUAGCUAUUUACCUGGCUACGAUCCGUGCAUAGACAACUACAUCGAGGUCUACUUGAAUAGACCUGAGGUGCAGAAGGCAAUCCAUGCUCGGGUCAACACCGAUUGGUCAGCCUGCACUGGUGAUUUUGACUCCGUAUGCUCACUUUUGGCAACGCGGUAUUCUGUCAAUGAUCUCAAUCUAACCAUCACGACAAAGUGGCACCCUUGGUACACCCCUGACAGUGAGGUGGGAGGCUAUAUUCAGCAAUACCAAAGAGGCUUUACGUUUGCGUCAGUGAGGGCAGCUGGCCAUUUGGUCCCUACUUUGCAGCCAAAGAGAUCACUUGUUCUGCUCUACGCUUUCUUGAAGAACAUUCUCCCUCCUGCUGAUCCCAAAUACAGGCCCCCUACUGGCCUGCUGACCCCAAACUGA